UUGAAAUUUGAGAGACUAAAAAGUAAUAUUACUAAAACUUCCACAAAAUUCCAUUUUUCGCCUCUUUCUUUCAUCUUCUUCACAUAGUAGUGCGCUUUUUUUUUUCCCCUUUUGCUCCGCCGCCGUAUCUCCUCCACCGCCGCAAGCUCCGCCGCUGUAUCUCUUCCACCGCCGAAAGUUCACCCGCCGUGAGAUUCGCCGGUGUAUUUCACUUCGGAAACUAGUGAAUAAUGGCGCAUAGGUUGUUGAGAGAUGCAGAAGCAGAUGGAUGGGAACGAUCUGAUUUCCCGAUUAUUUGUGAGUCUUGUCUUGGGGAUAGUCCUUACGUGCGAAUGACGAAAGCAGAUUAUGACAAGGAGUGCAAGAUCUGCACACGUCCCUUCACAGUGUUCAGAUGGAGGCCCGGUCGGGAUGCAAGAUACAAAAAGUCUGAGAUCUGUCAGACCUGCAGCAAGUUGAAGAAUGUUUGUCAAGUUUGUCUUUUGGAUCUUGAGUAUGGUUUGCCAGUUCAGGUCCGAGACACGGCUCUCAGUAUCAAUUCUAAUGAUGCAAUUCCCAAGAGUGACGUUAAUCGAGAAUAUUUUGCAGAGGAACAUGACCGCAGGGCAAGAGCAGGGAUUGAUUAUGAAUCUUCAUAUGGGAAAGUCCGUGCAAAUGACACUAUUUUGAAGCUCCAAAGAACAACUCCAUACUACAAGAGAAAUCGGGCACAUGUUUGCAGUUUCUAUAUACGUGGUCAAUGCACACGAGGUUUGGAGUGCCCUUAUAGGCAUGAGAUGCCAGAGACAGGGGAGCUGUCACAGCAAAACAUUAAGGACCGUUACUAUGGAGUUAAUGAUCCUGUGGCGAUGAAGCUACUUAAUAAGGCAGGUGAAAUGCCUUCACUGGAGCCCCCUGAUGACGAGAGCAUUAGAACCCUCUAUGUGGGUGGUGUUGAUGCAAGAAUCAAUGAGCAGGAUCUAAAGGACCAGUUUUAUGCACAUGGAGAAAUCGAGUCCAUCAAAAUGGUGUUGCAGCGUGGUUGUGCUUUUGUAACCUACACUACAAGAGAAGGUGCAGAGAAGGCGGCCGAGGAACUAGCAAACAAGCUAGUAAUAAAAGGCUUGAGACUGAAGUUGCUCUGGGGAAGACCACAAGCUCCUAAACCAGAGAUCGAGCUGUCCGAUGAAGCAAGACAGCAGGCUGCAGUAACUCACAGUGGAUUGUUGCCUAGAGCUGUCAUAUCACAACAGCAGAAUCAACUUCCUCCACCCCCAGGCACUCAAGAACAACCCCCACAACCGAUGCCAUACUUCAAUAUUCCGCCAAUGCCUCAGCAGGAAAGAGCAUAUUAUCCGUCAAUGGAUCCUCAAAGGAUGGGUGCUGUAGUUCCAUCUCAGGAAGGGGCUUCUAGUUCAGCUUCAGGGCCGGGGUCUGAAAACAAGAGUGGUUCCGAGAAACAUCCACAGGGACAGCAUUAUGCAUAUCCACCAGCACCUCCACCUCAAGGUCACUUUUACCCACCUUACUAUCCACCACCACCCUAUGGCUAUAUGCCACCACCACCGCCUCCACAUUUUCAACAGUAUCCUCCUCCGCCUUAUCAAGCUGCCAGACCACCUCCUCCACCUCCUGCCGGCGAGCAAGCUGCUUAUCAGCAGAAUCCUCAACCAGCAGUAGCUGCACCACAACCACCUUGAUAUCGACUCUUUUCUGUAGCUGCUUUCAUCAACAAGAAUCUAUGUAAACCAGUGUUUAAUAUUUUCGUUAUUACUGCAACAACAUUUUUUCUGUGGGAGCCAUUUGAAUUCCGUAAUUUAAUUCUGUUGCGACAAUUCAAAUUUUUAUCAACGUACUAAUUAUUAUGUGCCUUUCCCGGACAAUACACCCUUGUGGUGGGAUCCGGCGCAUAGUGGGAGCUUUAGUGUACCGGACUGUCUUUUUACUAAUUAUUAGGUGCUUGUAUUGCA